CAGGAAACUCAAUCAAGAAUUAUUGCCGUUAACUCUCGGUUUCAGAUCCCACACGCCAAUUGCGUCUUCGCAGUUCACCGCACAAAUCAUCCCUACGUCCUUGUUUCUUCCGGUUUCAAACUGCUCGAGGACGGAAUAUGCAAGAAUCCAUUCUAUCCAAGUUGCAUCAACCAAAUAUACCGAUGUGCUAUUGGUUCUGAAUCAUGCCUGAACCAAAGAUCACAUCAGUUUCACGUCGGGCCGAUAUACUCGGGACGGCUUCCGCCGUGGCCAUGGAGUCAUACUUACGGAGUAUAUCGCCGAACCGCUUUUUGACGUAGAAAUUACAUCCUUUAAUAAAUUUAGCCCUUUCCCCUCUCUCUGUGGCUUUUUGAACUACCUACUAUCUGCUAUCUGUCGCUACCAUGUCUUCUACAUUGGUGGAACACGCUCUCCUGCCUGGCCAUGAGCGCAUGGUCAAAGUCACCCUUGGCCCCUGUCUUUUCGUUUUUAGAGGUGACAUGCAUUGUCCCUGCUCUUCCGGCUCUCUAGUGACCCAAGAGCAUUCUUUUGCCGCCGGAGGAAUAUGUGACGACUGCGGUCAUCUUCUCUCCCGGCAUCGACAUUAUGCCGAAUCUCCGCCGGAACUUCCUCAGUCUUUACCCCAGGAUAUUUCGCCUCGAUCCGACACAGUCAGGAAGCUUGCCGCGUUGCUGGACAGAAAGCGAGUGGUACACAUUAGAGGAACCCCAUCUUCCGGAAAGACAACGCUUGCGCGUCUUCUUGAGUUCUAUUACGCUGAACAGGGGCAGUCGGUGAAGCUCAUUACGGGCUGGAGGCACAACCCUGACCUUCCCACCCAACAGAAUCAACGCCAACCGGAGGAAAGCCGUCUUUUUGAGAUCGAGAACCUUCUGCACACUAAUACCGUCUUCAUUAUCGACGAGGCCCAAGAAUCAUUUGCAGAUCAUGCGCUAUGGCUAGGUCCCAUAAAAUCCCAAAGUGGUGCUUCUGGGGGUGCAAAAAUAUGCCUGCUCUCGUCCUAUGGGAGUCCUACCAGCGGAUCGCCUGUUUUUCCUGAUGCGCAAGCCCCCCUGUAUCUGGAACCUUCGCAGCGUGUAUCCAUUGCUGAGCAAUCAGACCCGGAGUCCUCGGGGAUCUGCCUUUUUUACAAUGAAGAAGAAUUCGAAGACGCAGUGAAUAGACUCUGCUCCCGUCCAGACACAUCUUUGGACAUGGAUUCAUCGGCGCGCGCUUACCUGUACACCAUGACAAAAGGGCAUCCCGGCGCCGUUGAGGCACUGGUUUCAUACGUCUUCAGGAACUAUGAGCAAGCAUUAAAGAAUGGUGCGAUGCGAACCGUGACAAAGGAACUCAUUAGUCAAUCAUUAUACGACGAAUCUCGAGUCUUCAGAGGCCUCCGGAAAAAUGCUGUCUUCGCAUCGUUUCCCUUGUCAAAGUUUCUCACAGCGCAGGCGGUCAAGGUACUCCGCAAGGUGUUAGAAGAUGGUAGUGUGCCAUUCAAUCUUCAAGACGACGGCCUCCGGCUCUGUUACGAGAAAGGAUGGUUGCACUUGGACCUCGCCAGGACCUCGGCCUCGGAGGAUCUCAAGAUGAUAUGUUUCCUCCCUACCAGACUACACAUGAAAUUCGUGGAAUACACCCUGCACGUAUCCCAACUGGAGCCCUUCCCAUUUGGCCGGUUCCCCUGCCUCGCCGACCUCUGCGAAGCCAUCCUCAAAUGCUUCUCGCGCUCCCGUCUCCUCUCAACCCCCGAUACCUCCCAUCUCCCCAGCAAGUUCAUCCGCCCUCCCGAGACCCCCUUCCAGGACGAAUGGUACCGCUGCUUCUCUUCCCUCGUCGGCCACGCAGUGGGCAUCUCAAGCAAGUGGUCCCGCGUCGGCAACGAACGCGUCGACUUCCGCAUUAUCGCGCCGGCAUGGGGCGUCGAGCUGCUCCGCGACGGUGAUCAGAUCCACAGCGUGUGCGCUCGCUUCCAGCAACACGGUCUCUAUCGCCCCUUGAUCGAGGAGGGGAAGAUGACCGACUGGCUUAUCCUGGACUGCAGGCAGUCUGUUCCGCAGAAGUAUCAUAUACCCGGCACGAAGCUCUGGCGAGUCAUCUUCAAGGAAGACUAUACUUCAGCGUAUGUCCUGGAUAGCGAAAAUGCGUUGGUCGUGCCAGAAUUUGCGCUGUUGGAUUGAGCGUUGAGCGUUCCCUGUCCCUGUUUCUUUAGAAACAGACGGUAAGUACAAGAUUGGAAUCAUUAUGUUGCCCAUUUACCUGAACCAAAAAUGGAUUAUGAUCCUUAAGCGACUUGCUAAUAAAUAAUCAAAUUAAACUUCUCU